AUGGCGCCUGCACUCAAGUUUCUGGCCCUAUCUCUACCAGUCGUUGCGAGAGCGGCCGCGACAUCUCGUGAUGUCCACUACGAUCCUAUUGACUAUGUCGACCAGCUGAUUGGCUCCAGCAACGGUGGCAAUGUCUUUCCGGGCGCCACUGUGCCCUAUGGCAUGGCCAAGGCGGUCGCCGACACCAACAGCGGCAGCAACCAGGGCGGCUUCACCCUCGACGGCUCGCCCGUCACCGGCUUCAGCGUGCUGCACGACUCUGGCACCGGAGGCUCGCCCUCGCUCGGCAACUUUCCGCUGUUCCCGUACAACUCCUGCGGGAAUAAUAAUGAUGUGAAUUUGUGCGAUUUUCCCAAAAAGACUCGCACGCAGCAUGGCACGUUUAAAAACGACAGCGUGGUCGCCAAGCCCGGCUACUUUGGCAUCACGCUCGACAGCGGGCCCAAGGUGGAAAUGACAGCCACCCACCAUGCCGCGCUGUUCAAGUUUACCUUUAACGGGGCCAAGGAUGGCGACAAGCCUCUUAUUCUGCAGGAUCUGACAGACUUGUCCAACUCGCGCCAGGACAAUGGCACAGUCUCCGUGGACCCCCAGACGGGCCGCAUCAAGGGCCACGCCGUCUUUGUCUCGAGCUUUUCGCAGGGCAUGUACAAGGCCUACUUUUGCACCGACUUCAAGGGUCCCAAGAUUGCCGACUCGGGCAUCUUUGUGGACAGCCGCGCGAGCACCGACGUGCACGACCUUGAGAUCUCGCGCUCCAUCAACGGCUACCCCCUGCCCGGCGGUGCCUUUGUGCGGUUCGCCGACAGCCACAUUCCCGUCUAUGCACGCGUGGGUGUCAGUUUCAUGAGCGAGGAGCAGGCUUGCUCGAAUGCGGAAAAGGAGAUUCCGAAUUUUGACUUUAACAAGCAUUCGCGAGAAGCAAGGGAUGCAUGGAAGGCCAAGAUGAUCAACGUCAAGGUCGAGACGAAUGGUGUGGAUGAGUCUCUGGUCAAGAACUUUUACUCUGGCAUCUACCGCACCAUGGUCAACCCCCAAAACUUUACUGGCGAGAACCCAUUGUGGGACGACGGCGAGCCGUACUUUGACUCGUUUUACUGCAUCUGGGAUCUUUUUCGCUCUCAGCUACCCUUUCUCACCAUUCUCGACCCUGCUGCCGUGUCACAAAUGAUUCGUUCCCUGAUUUCCACGUAUGAAAAUGACGGUUGGCUGCCCGACUGUCGCAUGAGUCUGAGUCGCGGAUACACCCAGGGCGGCUCCAAUGCCGACAUUGUUCUGGCCGAUGCGUACCUCAAGGGCAUCAGCAACGGCAUCGACUGGGACAAGGGCUACGAGGCUGUCAAGAAGGAUGCCGAGGUCGAGCCGUUUGACUGGUGCUGCCACGGCCGCGGCGGAAUCGACUCGUGGAAGGAGCUCGGCUACAUUCCCGUGCAGGACUUUGACUACAAGGGCUUCGGCACGCUCACGCGCAGUCUCAGCCGCACGCUCGAGUAUGCGUACAAUGACUUUGCCAUUGCCCAGAUGGCGGGUCUCAGGGGCAACAAGGAUGAGCAGCAAAAGUACAUUUCGUCCAGCCGCAACUGGGAGAAUCUGUACCGUGCCGACCAAAAGUCCUCCUUUGGCAACGGGACCGAUACUGGAUUCACGGGAUUCUUCCAGCCAAAGUACCUGAAUCAGACCUGGGGCUACCAGGACCCGCUCAAGUGUAGCAACUUGGAUGGCAAGAGUGUGUGCUCGCUCCAGAAUAGCGGCCCCGAGACCUUUGAGAGCAGUAUCUGGGAAUACGGAUUCUUUGUGCCUCACGACCAAGCACGUCUCGUCACCAUGUAUGGUGGCCCCGAUGCCUUUUGUCGCCGACUCGACUACCUGCACGACCAGGGAAUCACGUACAUUGGAAACGAGCCUGCCUUCCUCACCGUCUUCCAGUACCACUACGCCGGCCGUCCGGCCCUCUCCGCCAAGCGCAGCCACUUUUACAUUCCGCGCUUCUUCCAGCCGACCCCUCCGGGCCUCCCCGGCAACGACGACAGCGGCGCCAUGGGCUCCUUUGUCGCCUUCAGCAUGAUGGGUCUCUUUCCCAACCCGGGACAAGACGUCUACCUCAUCACGCCGCCCUUUUUCCCCAGCGUGACCGUCAAGCACCCCGUCACCGGCAAGACGGCCAAGAUUCGCAACGUCCACUUUGACGCCGCGUACAAGAAUAUUUAUAUUCAGAGCGCGACGCUCAACGGCAAGCCCUACACAAAGAACUGGAUUGACCACUCAUUCUUUACCGAGGGCAAGGAACUCGUUCUCACGCUGGGGAAGAAUGAGAGUAACUGGGGGACCGCGGUGGGCGAUUUGCCUCCUAGCCUGGGUCGCUACUCGGGCUUUAAUCAAACCUACUCCAAGAGGUGGGCGGCUCCAGGAAGUGCACAGCUAUAUUCGCCGUCUCUGUAA